GGGGCUACUUAACAUGAAUUCCAAUACAUUAUUUUUUCAUAGCCGUCAACCAGUUCGUGUAAGCUGUUAAAAGAAAAGAAAAAGAAAUUAACCAACCACUCCCACGACGUCGUUUCCAUCUGGAUCUGCUCACCUAAACCACCAGCAACCACAUUUCCGUGUUACUUUUCACUUCCCUUGACGGUGUCACGCCAAACAAACCCAAUGAAUUCCACCAAAUCUCGCCGGAAAGUCGCCAUCACUUCCACGGAGAACGGAGACUCCGGCGACAAGCUCGACCAACUCCUCCUCUCCUCCGCCAUCUCCAACGGCGAAGACCUCUCCCCGUUCAUCCGCAAAACCUUCGCCUCUGGUAAACCUGAAACUCUACUUCACCACCUCCGUCACUUCUGCAGAUCCAAAGAAGCCGAGAUCGAAGAAGUAUGCAAAGUUCAUUAUCAAGACUUCAUCAUGGCCGUUGAUGACCUCCGAUCACUUCUCUCCGGCGUCGAAUCGCUCAAAUCGUCCAUUUCGAACUCCAACAGUCAGUUACAGUCCGUCGCCGGUCCCUUGCUAACUUCGCUUGAUUCGUUCAUCGAAGCGAGAAACAAGUGCCAAAACAUAGCCCUAGCGAUUCAAUCUCUUCAGAUCUGUGUUAAACUGAUGGAGAUUUGUUCACGAGCGAAUUUUCAUAUGUCGAAGAGUAAUUUCUAUAUGGCGUUGAAGUGUAUUGACUCGAUUGAACGAGAUUUUAUCCACAAAACGCCGUCGUCUACGCUCCGGAGAAUGCUCGAGAAGAAUAUUCCGGCGGUUAGGGCACACAUUGAGCGGAAAAUCAGUAAGGAGUUUGGUGACUGGCUGGUUGAGAUCCGUACGGUUAGUCGGAACCUAGGGCAAGUUGCUAUUGGACAGGCGUCUGCAGGUAGGCAGAGAGAAGAAGAAUUACGGAUCAGGCAACGGCAAGCUGAGGAACAGAGUCGGUUAAGUGUUAGGGAUACUGUUUAUGCACUGGAAGAAGAAGAGGAUGAUGGUUACUUUGUAGGUAAUGAUGGUAAUGAUGUGUAUGGUAACGGUGGUACUGCGACCGCGAACGCUGCGAAUGCGGCUCUCGGUUUUGAUUUGACUCCUUUGUAUAGAUCGUAUCAUAUUCAUCAGACUCUAGGCCUUGAGGAUGGAUUUAAAAAGUAUUAUUUCGAGAACAGGAAGCUUCAGUUAACUUCGGAUUUUCAGGUGUCAUCGAUGACGCCUUUUUUGGAGUCUCAUCAGACAUUUUUCGCGCAGAUUGCAGGUUUUUUUAUAGUGGAAGAUCGUGUGUUAAGGACGGGUGGUGGAUUGAUAACAAAAAUGGAAGUGGAAAAUCUAUGGGAUAUUGCUGUUAGUAAAAUGUGUUCUGUGUUGGAAGAUCAGUUUUCUAGGAUGCGAACAGCGAAUCAUUUGUUGUUGAUUAAAGAUUAUGUGAGUUUGCUUGGUGUUACGCUGCGGAGGUAUGGGUACUCGGUUGAUGCGUUGCUUGAUGUGUUGAACAAGCAUAGGGAUAAGUAUCAUGAGUUGUUGUUAUCGGAUUGUAGAAUGCAAGUUGCUGAAGCCCUGGCGGCUGAUAAAUUUCAGCAGAUGUGGAUGAAUAAGGAGUAUGAGUAUUCUAUGAAUGUGCUUUCUUUUCAGAUACAAACAUCUGAUAUCGUACCUGCAUUUCCUUAUAUUGCCCCAUUUUCAUCCACAGUGCCUGAUUGUUGUAGAAUUGUGAGGUCUUUUGUUGAGGAUUCUGUUAGUUUCAUGUCUCAUGGUGGGCAGCUAGAUUUCUAUGAUGUUGUGAAGAAGUACUUGGACCGGCUUUUGACUGAGGUUCUGGAUGAUGCCUUGCUAAAGCUUAUCAGCACUUCAAUUAGCGGGGUUAAUCAAGCGAUGGUUGUUGCUGCCAAUAUGGCUGUUUUUGAACGGGCAUGUGAUUUCUUCUUUCGACAUGCUGCAAAGCUUUCUGGGCUCCCGUUGAGGAUGGUGGAAAGAAGUAGGCGGCAGUUUCCACUGACCAAAGCACGUGACGCAGCUGAAGAAAUGCUUUCUAGCUUGCUUAAAAAGAAGGUUGAUGGUUUUAUGACAUUGAUUGAGAAUGUUAAUUGGAUGAUUGAUGAACAGCCUCAGAAUGAAAAUGAAUAUGUGAAUGAGGUCAUAAUAUUUCUGGAAACUCUUCUUUCUACUGCACAGCAGAUAUUGCCCGGUCAAGUCCUUAAUCGAGUGUUGCAAGAUGUUCUAGCUCACAUAUCGGAAACGAUUGUUAACUUUUUAGUUGGUGAAUCUGUGAAAAAGUUUAGUUUGAACGCUGUGAUGGGGAUUGAUGUUGAUAUUAAAGUGUUGGAACAAUUUGCUGAAAACCAAGCUUCUCUUGUAUCUGAAGAAGAGGCUAAUCAGUUGAAGAAAGCACUUGUAGAGGCCAGACAGUUAGUUAAUUUGCUUCUCAGCAAUAACCCAGAGAACUUUUUGAAUCCCGUGAUCAGGGAGAGAAGCUACAAUGCUUUGGAUUACAGAAAAGUCGCAAUCAUUUCAGAGAAACUAAAGGAUCCUUCUGAACGACUGUUUGGAACUUUUGGAUCAAGAGGUUACAAGCAAAAUCCCAAGAAAAAAUCCCUAGAUUCUCUAAUCAAGAGGCUCAAGGAUGUCAACUGAAAUUCUGAGAGUUGUAAGUCUCCUGGCUCCCACCACUGGUCAGGUUACUAGCUUGCUGAACAGGACUACAGGUUUUGACUGUUAGUUAUGUAUGAACCUAGGUGAGAGCUGAAGAUCUAAAAGUGGUUUGGGGUUGAACUUGAAGUCGGUGCUAUAGAAGUCCUUACAGUGGUUGUGUUUGUGAAAUUCUUGGUAAUUAUUUUUUAAUAUGAGAUUGUAAAUAGAGUUAAAAAAAAUAGCACAUUGUGUCAAAUUCUUUAUUUUUGUAUGCAUGAAAUGAUUUUUCACCUUUUCCA